AUUCGACUACAAUCGUCUUCAGUGUACAAUGGCAAAAUUCGAGCUUUCCAGAAUGAUUGGAAACAUCACCAAAGCCGUUGCUGAUCUUCAGAAGAAGAACAAUCUAUCCUGUUUGUACGUGGCUUGUCCUGAGUGGUCUACGAGUAUUCUUGACGAGUUAUCCAAAUUUAUACCGAAAGAGCAAAUAUACCAUUUAAAAAGACUCCCAGUAAAUGCUGAUAAUAGGAAAUUGUUGGACGACUACUACGCCGCGUCAUUGAUAGAACAGGAGAUAUGUUACCGUUCUCGCGUAUUUCUAGCUGCGGGAUUCUCCAACUGGUCAAACUUUGUGACAAAGGAGAGAGAUCUAGAAGGCAAAAUUACGUUUAAUAUAAAAGAGCUACCUGGAAUUCCAAAUUACAGAACACUAAAUCUUCUAUGAGUAUGACGUGCUAAUGUGCACUUUUGUUACGGAAUUUCUGUAUGAACAGAUAUAUACACUGCACAUAUUCCUACUUUCUUUGGAUAUUUUGAUUUACUAUACAGUUAAAUAACUAUGUACUUUUCAUGGAUGGAUCAUAUUGGAAGACAUUGGAAAUGAUGUGACAUCAUACCC